AUGCUUCGUGCCGAUCAAGACGGCGAGUUGAGGUGGGGAGUGGCUACGGGUGUUAUCACAAGAAGCGGUGAUUCAGGCGCAAGAGUGAGUUAUGCGACGCAUGAAAAAGUUGAAGAUACCAUCGACGGAGGUGCUUCGAUAUGGCUUCCUCUUGAGGCACAGCAGAAUCCUUCGAGUCGCUCACAGUCGGGGUCAUUUACACCGAAAUCGAAGCAUCUCGAUGCACUCUGUGCGUGCGAGGCUAUCCAUCUUCGCAUCACACGCCCGAACGAGGUCAGCUAUCUGCCGCAUCGCGCAUAUCCUGACCUGAUGUAUCCUUACUGUUCUACUGAUGAGUCUAUCACAUCAAACCCAUCAGACGAAAAGUGGUGGAUCAGAGGAGACAAAUAUCUCGCUGGAGCCUGCGCUUGUGAAUCUUGCCGGUUGGCCUCUGGGUUCGAGAUACAGACCUGGGCUUUUAUUCCCAGGACAAACAUCUUUAUCGUUUCUACCAACGGUUCAGAAUCAGAGGAUCCGUUGGGCUUUGAAAGGUUACCAACGGAUGCUCUGAAGGCAUAUCAAUCAUCGCAAGGUGCAGUUCGUCACUUCUGCGGAGGAUGCGGUGCAACUGUGUUUUGGCGAGAUGCUACCGAUUCUAGUGUAGUUGAUGUGAGUGCAGGACUGUUUCGUGCUGAUGAAGGAGCUCGAGCAGAGAACUGGCUUCAUUGGCAUAAGAGCCGCAUAAGUUUCGCUGAAGAAGUGCAGACUCAUCGAUCUGGUCCCCUGGCUAUAGCAGCCCAGGGUAUUUUGGGUACUCUUGCGAUGGGCCUAAAGGGAAGCACUCUAGUCACUGAAGGUGGACUAGACUGA